AUGGAUUUAAUUGAAGAUAUAGUCACUCCUUUUAAUAUUCAAGCUAGUGAAAAAGGAGUCGACUAUGACAAACUUAUAGCUCAAUUUGGAUGCCAAAAGGUGCUACCAGCUCAUAUUAAAGAAAUUGAAGAAAUAACUGGGAAAAAAGCUCAUCAUUUAUUAAGAAGAGGAAUUUAUUUUGCACAUAGAGAUUUAGAGAUGAUUUUAAAUACAGCUAAGAUGAAGAAGCCAUUUUACUUGUAUACAGGAAGAGGCCCAAGCUCAGCUGCGCUGCAUUUAGGGCAUAUGAUACCGUUUAUACUGAACAAAUGGCUUCAAGAAGUAUUUGAUGUCCCUGUAGUAAUCCAAAUUACAGAUGAUGAAAAAUAUUUGUAUAGACAAGAAUUAUCAUUAGAGCAAGUAAAGCAUUUUUCAAGAGAAAAUAUUAGAGAUAUAAUUGCCUGUGGCUUUGACUUAAACAAGACCUUUAUUUUUACAGACACUUCUUACAUUAAUUUCCUAUAUCCAAAUUUUCUAAAAAUGCAAAAACAUCUGACAGUAAAUCAAAUUUUUGGAUGCUUCGGCUUCAAUGGGAGUGACUGUGUAGGAAAAAUCGCUUAUCCUCCAUUACAAGCUGUCCCAGCAUUUUCGAAUUCUUUUCCACAUAUAUUUAGAAAUAAAAAUGAUAUCCCUUGCUUAAUCCCAGAAGCUAUUGAUCAAGACCCAUAUUUUAGGCUUACCAGAGACAUAGCCCCAAAAAUAAAUUAUUUAAAACCCGCAGUUCUUCAUGCAAAAUUUUUCCCUGCUCUACAAGGACUUCAUACUAAGGAUUCCCCCCUCAUUUGUCUAAUUUUUUUAGUUUUUUUUCAGGACCUUAUUUGUCCCAAAAUCUAGUCAAAAAUGAUUUGUCCCAUUUUCUAGUCUUUUUUGGAUUUUUUUGAAUGUCCUAAAUUUUAGUUUUUUACUGUAAAAAAACUAGAAAAUGAGACAAUUGAGGUCCUGAAAAUUGUUUUUGUUAUCAAAAUUUUAACUAGAAAAUUGGACAAAUGAGGUCCUAUAAAAAAAACUAGAAAAAUGGACAAAUGAUAAAAGACUAAAAAUUGGACAAAUGAGGGGGGGAUCCUUAAAAUGUCAGCAAGCGACGAAAACACUGCAAUCUAUUUAACAGAUAGCAAAAAAGAAAUUGAAAGAAAAAUAAAAAGUUUUGCCUUUUCUGGAGGUGGAAAAACGUUGCAAGAUCACAGGGAGAAAGGCGCGAACUUAGAAGUUGAUGUCCCAUUUCAAUAUUUAAGUUUCCUUAUGGAAGAUGAUGAAAGAUUAGAUGAAAUUAGGCAGAAAUAUGGAAAAGGAGAAAUCACAACAGGGGAAGUUAAGAAGGAUUUAAUUGGGCUGCUACAAAAGCUGGUAGAGGAUCAUAAGGUGAAGAAAAAAGAAGUUACUGAUGAACUCAUAGAUAAAUUUAUGGAAAUUAGAGAACUAGAUGUAAAAUUAUAG